AUGUCUUUCAGUUCUCGUCACUCUACGCGCCAGAGCGGAAACUGAAAAUUGAGCGCACACGCCGCGGCAAGUCGCAGACACGCAGGAUACACAACGUACCGCGGUUCCGAGGUUUGGGCUUCUCGCGAUAGCUCCCAGUGAGGUGAGUGAGUUAUUGUGGUGAUUGAGGAGAUACGUGUAUACAAACAAAGUGUUUCGAUUGAUGAUUUUUCACAGCGAAACAGUGAUCGACAUUAGUGCGUAGGUGGAAAGUGUCGUCAGUGUCAAAGUAACUAAGUUUUGUUUCCGUGUGUUUGUUGGCCAUGAAGUGUGAAAGGUGAAUCAACGCUUCAUGAAGGAUACUGUUGCUCGAAGGAUUAUAACAAAGUUGCGGAUUUUAUAGCAAACUGUUUUCACCGUUUCAAAGUUGAUGGCACCGAUAACCGCCUGCGUUUCGAAUCGCGACAGUCACCAUAAAGCCGCCGGUCUUGCAACACGCUGCGCCAUGAAGGAGAAGAGCAAAAAUGCCGCCCGCUCUCGGCGCGAGAAGGAGAACGCCGAGUUCCUCGAGCUGGCCAAGCUGCUUCCGCUCCCGAGUGCCAUCACGUCGCAGCUGGAUAAGGCGUCCAUCAUUAGGCUAACUACUUCGUACCUGAAAAUGCGCCAAGUGUUCCCCGAAGGUCUGGGAGAUGCUUGGGGUUCCCAGCAUGUGCCGACAAAUCCACGCGAUAUGGCCAUCAAAGAGCUAGGCUCUCAUCUGCUGCAAACGCUGGAUGGGUUCAUCUUUGUGGUGGCCCCCGACGGCAAGAUUAUGUACAUCUCCGAGACGGCCUCCGUACACUUGGGUCUGAGCCAGGUAGAACUAACUGGCAAUUCUAUCUUCGAAUAUAUACACACCUACGACCAGGAUGAAAUGAACUCCGUACUCUCCCUGCAGCCGAAUUUGUUUGCACCAAGCACACCGCCGCCACCACCACCCCCACCAGCGGCUACCAUUUCGGCCCAAAUACUUACCCAGCAUCCCAUGGGGAACUCUCCACCGGAUGUGGCAGUUAUCAUCAGUCAGGGACCACCGUCUGAGUCACCCCCACAAAACACAAGCUGCCCACCCUCUCUAUCCCCAAGCCACAGCAUCCCUCCCGCCGUACAGCCUCAUCUUGGGCCACCGCCUCAAGUACCACCGGGACUGUCACCCUCCACCGGACAGGUACCGCCACCGCAUCUUACCCCGAACGUGCCACCCCCAUCGAGUCAUACCCAGCAGCAAGCAGCACAAUCUCAUCCGCACCAUCAUCCGCAUCAUCACCACCACCAUCACCAUCAUCAUCAUCACCACUUCAGCCAGCACCAGCAGUCGCAAACAAUCGAGAUCGAGCGUACGUUCUUCCUGCGGAUGAAGUGCGUGCUGGCUAAGCGGAACGCCGGUCUCACCACUUCCGGCUACAAGGUAAUCCACUGUUCCGGUUAUUUGAAGGCGCGAAUCUACCCGGGCGAUUCGACAUACGGCGACGGACACAGUUGUAUACAAAAUCUGGGCCUGGUAGCCGUUGGUCACUCGCUGCCUCCAUCUGCCAUCACCGAAAUCAAGCUGCAUCAGAAUAUGUUCAUGUUUCGAGCCAGCAUGGAUUUAAAGCUCAUAUUCCUCGACGCCAAGGUGUCCCAGCUGACUGGAUACGAACCGCAGGAUCUGAUUGAGAAAACACUGUACCAGUAUAUUCAUGCGUCCGAUAUCCUGCACAUGCGGUAUUCCCACCAAAUAUUGAUGUACAAGGGACAAGUGACAACAAAGUACUAUCGGUUUCUGACAAAGGGCGGCGGAUGGACGUGGGUGCAAUCGUAUGCCACCGUCGUGCACAACACCCGCUCCUCGCGGCCGCACUGCAUCGUCAGUGUCAAUUACGUGUUGAGCGAUCAAGAAGCACGCGAUCUACUUCUGAACGAAGUCCAAGGUCCAAUGAUACCAAAGCUCGAGAUCAAAACUCCGGCAUCAACGCCCGCGCAUGUAGCAGUUGCGCCAACGACUCCUAUCUCACCCCCGCAACAUACCGCCAUGCAAAUGCAGCCUCAGCCACCACCACCUGGACAGCAGUUGUCUGCACCUUCACAGCACCAGCCAGCGCCAAUCCUCCCGCCACACAACCCGUUGCUGGUGAAAGAAAUGACCAACUACCUUCAGCUGCAUCAGUUCGACGAUGACAGUAGCCUUCACCAGAUGGUCCAAAGUAGUGUUCUCCAGCAGCAGCAUCAGCACCCGAAUCAUGGUGCAGGUGGUCAGGAUUUCGACCAGCAGUACAGCAGUCAGGGAAAUUUUAUGAUAGAUUCCAACCAAUCGAUGUCCCAAGGAACGCCCAGCGAGUUUCUCGAUACGUACUACGAUCCGUUCUAUCAACCGUACGAUCCCCAGACGGAUGGCCCGAACGUGCUUCGACCGUUCUCGGCCAGCUCCAACAGCUGUAGCAGCUCAGAUGGGGAGGCACACCUGAAUGCUACCUAUAUUCCGAGCACCACCCUGAUACCACCGCAUCAGCAACCUUCGUACGAUGAAAUAAAUCAACACUUUGGGCUGAACUGUUUCAAUAACAACAGCAACGGCAGCAGUGGCGUUACCUCUAACGGUCAUCAUUUGAAUGGAAACCACAAUGUAAACAAUCAUAAUCUUCACAAUCAACACGGUGGAAGUAGCACAGCUGCUAGUAGUAGUAAUCAGAACAACAACAACAACAACAACAACAACAAUGGUCAUCACGAUAAUGGCUUCUUGGACGAGUUCAAGACGAGCCAUCAUCAUCAUCAUCAUCAUCCGCAGCAACAACAUCACCAUGGUAACGGUAGUAGCCAUCAUCAGCACACCACGCAGCAUCACCAUCAUCACCACAGCCACAAUGGGCCGCAAUACACCAGCGUGAUUGUGGAACCGCAAAACUAUCCUCUGCCUGUCGCACAAAACGAAUUUGUGCAUUAGAAGAUCGGAGAUUUAAGAAAAAAAAAAAGAUCGGAGAUUUUGCGCUCUCAUUUUUAACUUGUUCAUUGGUACUCUUGUUUGGUUUAUCAUUCUUUUCGCUGCGGAUCUGAAUCGGUGUUGAUUCGGGCUGCAGAGAAACAAAAAACAAGACUGCAGGCAGUUGGUAAUGUCUAAUGUUUUUUUUUCGUUAGAGCGGUAUGAUAUUAGUACUGUAAUCAGUUUUUGCUGUUAUUUCUAUGUGUAUAGUAUUUAUUUAGGAUAAUAACUGUAAAUAUUUGAUAUAAACAUUUAACUUGUGUAAGUAAAAGAGUGGAAUACUAUUGAAAUA